AUGCGGAGGCUGUUGGUUCUCGCUUUCGUGGUAGCUAGUGCCUAUGGAUGUGGUCUUCCCACUUUCCCACCUGUUCUGAGCAGGGUGGUGGCAGGAGAGGAUGUCAGGCCUCACAGCUGGCCUUGGCAGAUCUCGCUCCAGUCAGACAGCAGUGGGCGCUGGAGGCACGUCUGCGGAGGCACCCUCAUCUCCUCUGACUGGGUCCUCACUGCUGCUCACUGUAUCAAUGACCGCUACAAGUACAGAGUGGAGUUGGGUAAACACAGCCUGAAGGCGAGCGAGGAGAGCUCCAUAGCUCGGAGGACAGCUAAAAUCAUCAGUCAUGAGGACUACAACAUCCUUCUCAGCCGUAACGACAUUGCCCUGAUCAAGCUGUCUUCCCCCGUCACCUUCUCUGACACAAUCAUGCCAGCCUGCCUCCCAGACCGGGGCGUCGUCCUGCCCCACGGUUCUCCCUGCUAUGUCACCGGCUGGGGUCGACUCUCCAGUAGCGGUCCUCUGGCUGACAUCCUGCAGCAGGCUCUCCUGCCAGUUGUUGGCCAUGAUACCUGCUCAAAGCCCGACUGGUGGAGCGUCCUGGCAACAGACAAGAUGGUCUGUGCUGGCGGAGACGGCAUCACUGCUGGCUGUAACGGAGACUCUGGUGGCCCCCUGAAUUGCCAGAACCCUGAUGGCGCCUGGUACGUCAAUGGCGUAGUGAGCUUCGGCUCUGGUCAGGGCUGCAAUGUCUUCCAGAAACCCACUGUCUUUACACAAGUCAGCUCCUACAUCGACUGGAUCAACACAGUUAUGACCAACUACUGAAGAAACUAUUCAAGUGCUUUUGUCAGCAAUAAGAACAACUAUGAUCUAUAAUAUGUUUUUUAAUUUUUAAUGCAAAAAAAAGUAAAGGCUGUUUAUCAUUGCUAAGAAUCUAGAGAUUUUAAGUUCUAUCCAUGUUCUGAACACUUUAAAACAAGAAACCAUUUUUUAAACUUGGCCAUGUAGGGACUUGAUAACUAGAUAGCAUCUCUCACCUUACCAGCUCUCAAAACAGUUGCUGCAUAUUAAUCAAGAAUUGGUGAACAGUAACAAAAUGUUAAAAAUCUUCAGUAGAAUAUGGCCUACGAGUUAACAUGGGUUUAUAGUCACAAUGAUUCAGUAAUCAUGGCAAAAUACACCUCUUAAACACUAGGUUAAUUAACAAAUACUUCCUUUUAUUUCUCAUAAAAUAUUCAUGAGAUAAGUGUUUUCGCUCUUCAGGAAAAAACAAAACAAUUUUCCACAAACAAAUUAUAAUUAUCAUAGAAAAGUAUGUUUUCACAGUACAUAUGAAAAGAAAUUUAUAUUUAAGCAUUAAAAA